GCUUUUUCUACCACGUCCCUAAGCCCUUCUGCCUCUCUGCCUGAUUGGGUCAAUAGAAUAUUCAAAGGAUUUCCUUAAUCCAAGUCAGUCCUCAUCCUGCGGCAUCUGCAGAAUUGUAUCCGGAAUCCAAGAUGGCCUGCCAGCCAUCUGAGGACACCGCUGAGUCUCAGGUGUCAGAUGAGCUGGAGUGCAAGAUCUGUUACAAUCGUUACAAUCUGAAACAGAGGAAGCCCAAAGUUCUGGGCUGUUGUCACAGGGUCUGUGCCAAAUGCCUUUACAAGAUCAUCGACUUUGGGGACUCCCCGCAAGGGGUCAUCGUCUGCCCCUUCUGCAGGUUUGAGACCUGCCUGCCAGAUGACGAGGUGAGCAGCCUGCCUGAUGACAACAACAUCCUUGUGAACUUGACUUGUGGUGGAGGCAAAGGGAAGAAGUGCCUGCCUGACAACCCCACCGAACUACUGUUGACACCCAAGAGGCUAGCCUCCCUGGUCAGCCCUUCUCACACGUCCUCCAACUGCCUGGUCAUCACCAUCAUGGAGGUGCAGAGAGACAACUCCCCGUCCCUGAGCUCCACGCCCGUGGUGGAGUUCUACAGGCCUGCAAGUUUCGACUCGGUCACCACCGUGUCACACAAUUGGACCGUGUGGAACUGCACAUCGCUGCUGUUCCAGACUUCCAUCCGGGUGUUGGUGUGGCUGCUGGGCUUGCUCUACUUCAGCUCCCUGCCCUUGGGGAUCUACUUACUGGUGUCCAAGAAAGUCACCCUCGGGGUGGUCUUUGUCAGCCUUGUCCCCUCGAGCCUGGUUAUUCUCAUGGUAUACGGUUUCUGCCAGUGCAUGUGCCAUGAAUUUCUAGACUGCAUGGCACCUCCUUCCUCCUAA